UCAGGCUAGAAACCUUCGACGAUUUUCCAAUAAACACGGCUGUGUCACGACCGUCAGCCUUCAGUUGAACUCUGAACCUGCUUUGAUACGGUGCUCCAGUCGUCGACCAAGCAGCGGUUGAAGCCCAAACCGCUCCCCAUCAAUCUGUAAACCGUAGCGUCACUCAACCCGAGAGAACAUCCCUUGCAACAAUGCCACAGCAAGAUCAAAACGCAACACCGAAUGCCGGCGUGAAGAUGUAUAAUCUGGUGAUCCUCAUCAUCGACAUUGUCGCCAUGUUGGUACGAUGGAUCUUUCACACGCUCGAAUCAUUCUACCGGAUGGUGGUACCACCGGCUGCUGAUACCGUGCACAACGAUAUUGUACUGAUCACCGGCGCCGGGCACGGCAUGGGACGCUGUAUGGCACUGCAGUACGCUCAGCUCGGUGCCACCGUUAUCUGUGUUGACAUCAACGAAAAGAUGAAUACGGACACGGUCACCACCAUCCGGCAACAGCGUGGCAACGCAUUCGGUUACAUCUGUGACGUCACCAACCGUCAACAGAUUAUCGAGACGGCAAAGCAGGUGCAGCAGGAAGUCGGCACCGUUACGAUACUGGUCAACAAUGCCGGCAUCAUGCCAACGCAUCCACUGCUGCAGCAGACCGAGGGUGAAAUUCGCAAAACGUUCGAAAUUAACGUUAUGGCACACUUCUGGCUGCUGCAAAGCUAUCUGCCCGGUAUGCUCGAAAAGAAUCGUGGCUACAUUGUGGCGAUGUCGUCCGUGGCCGGUCUGUGCGGGCUGAACAACCUGGUACCGUACUGUGGCAGCAAGUUUGCGGUCCGUGGCAUUAUGGAGGCGCUCGCCGAGGAGCUGCGACAGGACGCACGCAAACCGAACAUCAAGUUCACCACCGUCUACCCGUACAUGGUCGAUACCGGGCUGUGCAAGCGGCCACACAUGCGCUUCCCGAAUUUGAUGCGCCUGGUCAAGCCGGAGGAGGCCGCCGCCGCCAUUAUUGAUGGUCAGCGUCGCGGUCUGGUAGAUGUGUCGAUACCGAAGUACUUGCUGUACCUGAACACCAUCAUACGGGUGUUCCCGCUGAAGGUGGGCACGCUGUUGCGCGACUUCCUCGACAGUGGUGUGGAGUCUGACCUCUGAGAGCUGGAGCGCUCCGAGGCUGUAUUCGAAUGAGGUUAUGUUAUAGUUUGUUAUUUAAAAGUUAAAUAUUCUGAUAACGCAGCAAGCAUAGACGGACCAACCACAGCCACCGAUGCAUUAGCCAUCCAUAACAGUAACCCGCACCUACCGGGAUGUUACGAUUACUAUAAGUGACAACUAGAGCGAUGAAGAUAGCAAGUACCGGAGACAGAUGAAUGGAAAUAUCUUUUCACCAGCCUCUCUCAUGUACACAUUACACAUAGUUGUAUAUCAGGGACGGAGAAGGAUAAUUGAGCGAUAUUUUUCUAAUGUUUCAUUAAACGUAUAGGGAAGGAAUAAAUGUUAUCU